AUGCUACGGUACUUGCUGAAGACGCUGCUGCAGAUGAAUCUGUUCGCCGACUCGCUGGGGGCCGAAGGCUCCAACUCCUCCUCCUCGCUCCUGCUCGGCAUCAACCGCUCCAUCGCUGCGCUCCACCUGCCCGAUCUCACCCCCGGUAAUGGGUCCCACUCUCAGCUGGAGGACACGGCCCCCCGCAUCGUGGAGCACCCCACGGAUCUCCUGGUCUCCAAGGGGGAACCCGCCACGCUGAGCUGCAAGGCCGAGGGGCGGCCGGCCCCGGCCGUGGAGUGGUACAAAGACGGGGAGCGGGUGGAGACGGACCGGGAGGAUCCCCGCUCCCACCGCACCCUCCUGCCCGGCGGCUCCCUCUUCUUCCUCCGCAUCCUGCACGGGCGGCGGGGGAAGCCCGACGAGGGGGUCUAUGUCUGCGUGGCCAGGAAUUACCUGGGGGAGGCCACCAGCCGGAACGCUUCCCUGGCGGUGGCCGUGCUGCGGGACGAUUUCCGGCAGCCCCCCGGGGAUGUGGUGGUGGCGGCGGGAGAACCGGCCGUGCUCGAGUGUGUCCCGCCCCGCGGCCAUCCCGAGCCCAGCGUCUCCUGGAAGAAGAACGGAGUCCGGCUCAGCGACAAGGACGAGCACCUGACGAUCCGCGGAGGGAAGCUGAUGGUGUCCAGCACCCGCAAGAGCGACGCCGGUGUCUACGUCUGCGUGGCCACCAAUGUGGUGGGGGAGAGGGACAGCGAGCCGGCCGAGCUGGUGGUCUUUGAGCGCCCGGCAUUCGGCAAGAGGCCCCUGAACCAGGCGGUGCUGGUGGAGGGGACGGCAGAGUUCGCCUGCGAGGCGGUGGGGGAUCCCCAGCCAGCGGCACGGUGGCACAAGGAGGAGGGCGAGAUGCCACUGGGAAGGUGGGAGGUGCUGCCGGACAACACCCUGCGGAUCAUCCGGCUGCGAGCAGAGGACGAGGGCACCUACACCUGCGUGGCUGAUAACAGCGUGGGCAGGUCGGAGGCAUCUGGCACCCUCACUGUGCAUGUGCCCCCCCAGCUCGUCACUGGGCCCCGCGACCAGGCUGUUGCCCCUGGCCAGAGCGUGACCUUCCAGUGCCAGAGCAAGGGCAACCCACCGCCUGCUGUCUUCUGGCAGAAGGAGGGGAGCCAGACCCUGCUGUUCCCGGGCCAGCCCCCACUCCCCUCCAGCCGUGUUUGGGUGAGCCCCGGAGGUGCCAUGACCAUCGCCGACGUCCAGCCCGGCGACGCCGGCCACUACCUGUGCCAGGCCAUCAACGUGGCUGGCAGUGUCCUGGCCAGGGCACGCCUGGAGGUGAUGGGGGCACCCACUGAGCUCCACCCGCCGGAGGUCAGCCCCGUUCCCGCUAACCGGACGGUGCUGCCGGUGGGGGCCACGGCGCGGCUGCCUUGUGGGGUGUGGGGCAGUGACCCCCCGGGCAGCGUGGGGUGGCUGAAGGACGGCAGUGCCCUGGUGGGUGCCCAGUCCCGCGCCAGCCUGCUGGAGAACGGCACCCUGCAGAUCACCGGCCUCCGGGUGAGAGACUCUGGGCUCUAUGAGUGCGUGGCCACCAGCCCAGCGGGCGAGACACGCUGGGGCAGCUCCCUGGAGGUGCAAGGUGAUGAAUCUGACCUCUCCCCACCUUCCCCUGUGCCUGGAGUCCUCCCCGGGCCACCCUCCACCCCUGUGGUCACCAACAUCACCAAAAGCAGUGUCACCCUGAGCUGGAAAGCGAACAAGGACAGCGAUGCCACCCAUGUCACCUCUUACAUAGUGGAGGCUUUCAGCCAGGGAGCGGGUGGCCCGUGGCGGACGGUGGCAGCUGAUGUGGAGGGUGAGACCCACACGGUGAGCGGCCUCGCCCCUGACACCGUCUACCUGUUCCUGGUGCGGGCGGUCAAUGCCUACGGGCUCAGUGACCCCAGCGGCGUCUCAGAGCCUGUGCACACCCAAGCAGAUGCCAGCCCCACGCAGCAAGGGCUGGACCCCGAGCAGGUGCAGCGGGAGCUGGCCCAAGUGGCUGUGCACCUGCAGGAGCCCGUGGUGCUGCCGCUGGGCGCCGUCCGCCUCUCCUGGACCGUGGAGCGCCCAGCGCCCUUCCUUCAGGGCUACCGCGUGCUGUACCGGCGGCGUGGUGGGCGCUGGGAGGAGGCGCGGGCGGUGCGGGCGCCGGAGGAGCGGGGGGCCCUGCUCACCGAGCUGCGCCGGGGCCAGGACUACGAGAUCAAGGUCCGACCCUACUUCCGUCAGCUCCAGGGUCCGGACAGCGCCGUGCGCACUCUGCGCACCCCAGAGGCGGCCCCCAGCGCCCCCCCGCGAGCUGUCAGUGUGGCUGGGAAUGGCACCAGUGUCCGCAUCUCGUGGCAGCCACCACCACUGGCCGAGCAGAACGGCGUCAUCCGGGAUUACCGGAUUUGGUGCCUGGGCAACGAGAGCCGCUACCACAUCAACCAGAGCGUGGAGGGGACGGUGCUGGCCACAGUGCUGCGGGGACUGGUCCCCGGGGUCCCUUACCACGCCGAAGUUGCCGCCGCCACUGGCGCCGGUGUGGGCGCCCGCAGCGCCCCUGUCCCCAUCCGCGUCGCCCCCCUGGUGGAGCGGGAUGCGGAGCCAGCAGGCGGGAGCAGCAUGACCGAGCGUUUGGCUGAGGUGGCCAGACAGCCAGCCUUCAUCGCCGGCGUCGGCAGCGCUUGCUGGGUCGUUCUCGCCGCCUUCGCCGCUUGGCUCUACAGCCGCCGCCGCAGGAAGAAGGAGCUCAGCCACUUCACCGCCUCCUUUGCCUACACACCCACCGUCGCCUUCCCGACUCCAGCGCGCGGCAGCCCCAGGGCAGCCGCCGGCAGUGUUUACCCGUGGCUGGCGGACGCGUGGCACGGUGGCGGCACAGCCAGUGCUGCCGGUUGCUUGGGCACCGCUGAGAGAUACUACAAUGACGCCGGCAUCACCCGUUACAUCGCCCAGACGGAGCAGUUUGGGGCGGGGGCCGGCGAGGGGCCGGUUUACAGCACCAUCGAGGCGGACAGUGAGGAGCUCUGCACCUUCCCCCGUCCCUUCUCGCAGUAUGGGACCCCCUAUCCCGGGGUGGGUCCUCAGCCCAUGGAUGCUGCAGCCGCCCAGGCACCCCGAGGAUGGGCUGAGCACGGGGCCAAAGCAAAGCUGGGGCAAGCGGUGAAACUGCCAGCGGUGAGUUGGACAGAGCUGCUGCCCCCUCCACCCUCUGCCAGCGAGCUUAGCCAAUGCACCCAGGAGAAGGAGGAGGAGGAAGAGGAGGAUGAAGAGGAAGAGGCAGCCGGAAGGUGAGUGUGGAGGCUUGGGGGGGCAGGGGCCUGCUGCCCCCAGCAUGCACCCUGUGGUCUCUGCCCUGCAGGUUGGGGAUGGAGGUGUGGUACCCUGGUGAGGACAUCCCCUGUGCCACUGCUGCAUCC